GAGAGAGAGAGAGAGAGAGCUAGAAGCUCGCGCCGCUGUUGCUAUGGUUACAGCACGGCGACGCGUUGUAUACUUUCAGCGCAGCUCAGGGAGACACCGGAAGUGUCCACGGCUUAAAUUCAGUCUCUGACUGCUGGAAAAAACCAACAUGACCUAAAACCAAUCAAACCUAAAACAUAAACUCAGAGAGUGAAGUGAGCAGUGAAUCUAGCUGAGUGAGCUAACUAACUAGUCGAAAAGAGAAUUAACGGAAUACCUUGAUAUCUUUAUACAGAGGUUCUAAAGUUUGUGGUUGAAAUAUGACAACGAGAGUGCUCCAGGCUUUUGACACCUUGGACAAUCACUCCAAGAGUGUGCUGGAUAGACUUGCAAAGAAAAAUCACCAGCUGACACAAAUGUCAACACAGUGCUUUGCCUAUGGUAGGCCUGAUACAGGACUGGGUCUUCGAGGUGAAUUUAGUGCCAGGAAAAAGCCCAAAGCAAACAAGGAAAUUGUCAGUGAUGAACAUGAUCGUCUUUAUAAACGACUAAGGAAGUCUUUAGCUGUGGCAGCCAGCCUGAAAGGCAGUUCCCGCAGCAAAUCAGUCGAAGCUGGCAGUAGCAGAGUUAUCAUACAUCCUGAAAAACAUACAACUAAUGUUAAGUCAUCAACAGGACACUCCAUGUGCGGAGGCACAGAAGAGGUAGGAAUAAGUUUCUUGAUCAUGCCGAAGAAGCCACAGACUCCUCAGUCCUGCAGUCGAUCUCCACGCAGAAUGACGUGGUCGAAAGAGGUUGAGAAGGUUCCCUCUUUGCAUGAACUAACCAAGGUGAACAGGAGCAAGGCCUUAGUAGGCAUCAGUCUCGGAGACACAGACACUUGUCACUGGUGCUCCACCUCAGUUCAUAGUGAAGUGGAUGCAUUUAAAUCACCAGUGCCUGAUGGAUCGAUAAAUACUCAGCAACUUCAAGAGAGCACUGAUAAUAUUAGUACUGGCACCAGUGUACCUCACAACAAGACUGAAAAGGAAGUCUGCGCUGAGCCUGUUCCUCUUAGUUUUGAUGAUUUACUUAAGAGGAAAGAUGUGAAAGUGCUCGCUCCUCGCCUUCAUAAAGGCUUCCUGGCUCAACAGAAAGCCAGUGAAACGUACCCUGUGGUGUACUGCACUCAGCAGCGUCAGUAUGAGCCUUUCAGCAGCCCAGGCUUCCACUCUCUGGCUCCUGCACCACAGAUCAGAAAGAGGAACCUGCGCUCAGCUAUCAUUCUCUACACAGAGUCUGUGCAGGCAAAGUACAUGAUUCACAGUAUGAGGGAAAGACAGACAGGUGAAGACCUUCGCAGUCACAGACCAUACACCCAGCCCGAGCUCAAGGUGAAGAGGACAGGAGGUAAUUGUGUCAACGUGCGUGUGCUCACCGCUGAUGGGAAGGUGAUCAGAUCUCCAGAUCUCACCCAACUUCCUCUCCAUUAUCAUGAUGAAACCUCUUCAGUAUGUGCGUCUACAUCCACCAACAAAAUCUCGCUCAUACCUAAACAGAAUGUUUUAUCUCCUUGUGUUGGCACUGUGACUAAUGAAAUGAACCCCAAUCAAACCUGUGACUCUGGAAAAAUCUCUCCAGCCUGCUGUAAACCAUUGCCUGCUUCCCCGAGGAGAGGGUUAAGCAGCAGUGCUCACAAUUCAACUUCACAAUCUUGGUGGAGCAGCUCAAAAAACAAAGCAGAUUUUCUGUCAAUCUCCAGACCACUAAAGUGCAGUCAAAAUGGCAUGGACGUCAUAGUCAGAGAGAAACAGCUUCAUAAUGGAGACUGGCACAAGGAAGCAAAAGAGCCAUACAAAAACGCUAUGGCCGAAGUUACGGAUUAUGAUAGGUUUAGUGUGCAGGACAUGAGCUUCUCCAGACGGAGCAGUGCAAACACGAUGCCAUCACCCCAAGAGACUGUGCUCAUCGAUGUGAUCUCUACCUGCUCGACUACUGACAGCGAGAAAACUCACAAGCGCAAUGCUUCCUCAUGCCAACCAGAGACAAUAAACAUUCCAACUGCUGACUAUCUGGAUUAAAGCAUCUUUCAUAACUUUCCUGCAUUUAAGACCUCUACUUUGCAUUUAAAUAAUCGAUUGUGUCAUACUGCAAAAAUAAACAAGAAAUGCCAUAUUUCAGG